UUGGCCAUCCCAAGUACCAAGAAUCCAAAAGAAUCGCAAUCUUUCUGAGCAUGCCAGAUGAAAUCCAGACAGAAGAAAUCAUUAAGGACAUUUUUAAGCAAGGCAAAGAGUGUUUCAUCCCACGUUACAAGCCUCACAGCAAUCACAUGGACAUGCUGAAGUUAUCAUCAGCUGAAGACAUUUCUUCACUUACUUUGACAUCCUGGAAUAUUCUUCAGCCUAGUGAUGAUGACAGUGCAAGAGAGGAGGCUCUUGCUGGUGGAGGUCUUGACCUUAUCUUCAUGCCAGGCCUUGGGUUUGACAAAAAAGGCAACAGAUUGGGAAGAGGGAAAGGAUAUUAUGAUACCUAUCUUGAAAGAUGUAUGAAACAUCCCAGUGGAAAGCCUUACACAAUUGCCUUGGCUUUUAGGGAACAGAUCUGUGAAUCAGUGCCUGUGGCAGAAAAUGAUGUCCAAGUAGAUGAAGUCCUUUAUGAAGACUGCUGAAAGUAUCUUGAUACCAACCCACCUUCAGAUUGACCAACCGAAGACGUUGGAUCCAUCAAUCAUGACUUUUUAAUAGUCAUAUAUGAAUGACUUUGGGAGCAAUAAAAUACACUCUCUGUGUUUGAACAAAAAAAACAAAACAGUGUAAAUGUGGUAAUAGCGGUGAGGAUUGCAUUGAUUUGCUUGUAAUUAGGAAAUAUCUGGUGUGAAUUCUGACUCUAGGAUCAAUAAAAACAAGAAUGUAGGACCAUUUAUUACAGUAAGGACCAUUUCUUCUCAUCAUACUUUUGAGGAACAAGCUACUUGAUACUUAACAGUUUUAUUAUUCCAGUUUAAAAGUGAAUUGUCUACU